UUAAAGCAAUGCUACUGCCAUUUCGAAUUUUCUCGAAAUCACAACAUCAGCCUGAUGAUCACCUCACGAUAAUAACGUUUAUUUUUAAUUUGACAUGUGCUGUUUUAACAGUUUUGAUUUUGUGGAUAAGUGAAUGCACAUUUUUUAAAGUUGUCGGAGUGCUGAAUGGGAAUGGACGUGUAAGAAAAUCAGGAGACAGUGUUAAAUGAAGAUAGACCCAUGAUUGAUUGGGGCAGUGCAACAAUGAUUCACUCAAACAUGUCAAACUAGGUGCAAGUGCAUGAGCAACUGGGCUAUGAAGUGCAAUCUUUGCCUAGUUAGACGCACAUUUUCAUCAUCUGGAUCACACUCACUGACCUUCAAUCAUAGGUACAAGGUUAUUGGAGAUGGCCCAGGGACCACCUCUCCCUCACAGGUCAGAUAGUUUACCGGAUUAUCAGCUUACACCACCGAUUCCCCCCAAACCUCAGUUUGCCUCUGAGCCCCAGAGUGACAAAAAGUCUGGAAUUCUGAAGAAGAUGGCGACCAUGGAUCAACUUAACAUGGAGAUUUCUGUGAAUCAGGAAAUCGAGUCCAAAAACCACUACAGGAAUUGUUUCAAGACAUUUCAUGACUAUUACUUGAAAGGACAGCUAUGUGACAUAGAUAUCAAGGUGGGAGAGAAGACUUUCUCAUGUCAUCGAGUUAUUCUCUCCUCGGUCAGUAAUUAUUUUCGCACCAUGUUCAUGUCGGAGAUGACGGAGAGCAGACAAAGGGAGGUCACUAUUCAUGACAUAGACGAGAGCGCCAUGGAAAAAUUAGUGCAAUAUGCUUACACAGCUAAAGUCCAGCUCACCACUGAAAAUGUGCAGCCCAUUCUAUAUGCAGCUUCCAUUCUUCAGAUUGAAAUGGUUGCUAAAGCAUGCUGUGAAUUCAUGAAGAAGCACCUGCAUCCAACCAACUGCAUCGGUGUUCACAAUUUCGCACAUCAACAUAAUCGGAUAGAGUUAAUCAAAAUGGCCGACGAUUAUAUCCUUGAGAAUUUCUUGGAAGUGGUGGAUACAGAAGAGUUCAAAACCUUGCCCAUUGACCUCUUGGAGAAGUUGGUUUCCUCCCCUGAUCUGAAUGUAGAGAAUGAGAAUCAGAUUUACGAGGGUGUUAUGAAAUGGGUAAAGAUGGACACGGAAAAUCGCAAAUGUCAUCUAGGGAAACUGAUGUCAAAAAUCAAGCUGCCAUUGCUGAGCCCUGCCUACUUGUUGCAGACAGUGGCUACAGAGGAAUUGAUUCGUAAGGACUUGGAAUGUAGAGACUAUGUGGAUGAAGCAAAGGCCUAUCAGAUGUCCUUAGCUAGCCUGGUGUCCAAUGUUAGAAUAUCUGAAAACACAAGGCCUAGGAAAAGCUAUGCAGGUGUCCUGUUCUGUGUUGGGGGUAGGGGAGCUUCUGGCGACCCUUUCAAAAGUAUCGAGGUCUAUGACCCUCGCAGAAAUCGCUGGUUCCAGGUCAGUGAAAUGAACACCAGGCGGCGCCAUGUUGGAGUUUGCUGUUCUGGAGGUUUGUUGUAUGCUAUUGGGGGACAUGAUGGCACAAAGCACCUAAAAAGUGGUGAAGUUUUUGAUCCAGCGUUGAACACUUGGAAAUCCUCAGUCAAACCCAUGUCCACACCCAGAAGAGGAAUUGCUCUGGCCUGUCUAGGAGCAGCGAUUUAUGCUGUAGGCGGACUAGAUGACUCCACAUGUUACAGCCUGGUGGAGAGAUAUGACCCCUCUGUAGACCAAUGGACAAUGGUGGCCAACAUGAACAUCCCCCGGGGAGGUGUAGGAGUCACAGCACUGAAAGACAACAUUUAUGCUGUUGGUGGAAAUGAUGGAAUCUCAUCCUUGGAUAAAUGUGAAAAGUAUGAUCCACUCCUGAAUAAGUGGACCUUCAUAGCUCCCAUGAACCGCCACAGAGCGGGGGCUGGGGUAGCAGAAUUAGAUGGCUACCUUUAUGUUGUUGGAGGGUUUGAUGACAGUUCUCCCCUGGACUCCUGUGAGAAAUACGACCCCCACACCAAUACCUGGACCUUUGUUACUGGGAUGUCUUGUUGUAGGGGAGGGGUUGGAGUGGCCUCCCUGGGGGGUCAGAUGUAUGCUGUGGGGGGUCAUGACGGCUCCAAUUACCUGAGCUCUGUUGAAUCCUAUGAUCCCAUUGAGGAUAAGUGGACAUUUGUCAGUAGUAUAGGGAAUUGCAGAGCUGGGGCGGGGAUAUCCUAUGCCUCUUAUACAUCCACCAUGCUCAUCUCCUGUGGCAUUUGUGCAGAUGGGAGAAUGCCAACGAUAUAAGUCAGUGUAGAGCAGGGGCUGGACUAGCCUUCUGUUUUUGUCCAUCUGCCAAACUCCAGCCGACCCAACAAAGUGCAGCCUGCCAGUUACAGUGUUACUGACAGAAUACACAGCAACAAGCCAGCAACACAAAACUCUGGUAAUCACAAUAACAGUCAGAACUACAUGUGUAUAUAUACAUGUACAUAUACACUGCAAGCACCAACUGGUCAUUACACUCUGCAACAAAUUACAGCAACCCCUAUAUUACUGACAUUUGAUGGCAAACUGAUUACAGCAACCAUGAAUCCCAUGGAUUCACAGCAACAAUCUACAGCAACCAAAAACCUUUGAUAGUUACUGUCAAUACUACCAGGUACAUGGAAUGGCAGCAACCAUCAACAACACUGACAUUCCAAUACUCAUGGCCAUCAAAACCAUAGCAACUAAAGCCUUGUUGGUUUUUUUUUUCUUAAAGAAUAAAAACUAGAGAAGGGCUAGUAAAAACUACUGCAGCAAAGUGCUUAUGAGAUGAAUUGUCACAAUUAGAAUACAGUGCCAGCAUAAAGAAUAAUAAUUUCAUGUAAUUUUAAUUACCUAGGUCAAAUAAAAAAAAUUACAUACUAGGUUUAUUUCAUCACAAUCACACAUAUCCCAGGUCAUUGCAGUGAGUUCCAUUUGCAAACCUCUUGCCAUUGUAUGUCACUGUGUUUUAAUUAUAAUGCGAUACAUACUGUCAAAAGAAUAUUACAGAAGUUUUAAUUUACAAUAAAACUUCUCUUGAAAAAAAAAACCCCAGUGUAUAGUAUAUUAUCAAUACAUGUAUUUUUUCAGUUUAGUGUUACACUUCCUUUUCCUAGAUCUCUGAAAAAUUUCUCUCUUUCAUUAUUAGUCUGUGAGGAGAACACAUUUUAAGUCUGCCCCCUUGUCUCAUACUACGUGUACCAGAUACUCUUAAUUUUUUUUAUUAUAUAAAUAAGUCCCAGUACAUUUACUUUCAUUGAAUUGAUGUUGCAUGCAUGAACACAAUAAUUCAUACCUGUUAGGAAUUCAUGAUUUUGAGUGAAUGAUGAGUACAUUGAAUGUUACUGUCACACAAUUAAUAGUACUGCAUGUGUGCUCAAUUUUCAGAAUGAUGUAUUUUUUGGUGGUGCCUGCAUGGUUUAAAAAAAAAGUAGAAUGACAUACAUGUACUGAAUGAUGAUUUUAUGGAUGGAAAUAAAUGGUUAAAGUAAACCCUAUAUGAGAAUUUGAUUUUAUACUAUUCCAAACCAAGAAGUACAUGUAUACUGGGGUAUGUAAAUUUUUUUUGGCGUUAUAUUUCUGCCUUUUGUUCUAUUUAAAUCUUAGCCAUUUUUAGAGCUGUAUGUAGAUAUUAAGAUGAUUUAUUUUGUUUCUUCUUCAUUUUUUUCCCUUUCCUUAGCUAGUACAUGUAGUAUAAUUUAUGGGUUUUUGGUGUUAUUGUGUUUGUUUCAAAUUAAUACAACUUUUACACAAGCAAGUGCAAUAUAUGUUUUGAUUUUUUUUACUAGGUAUACAUUGAGCUCUUUUAGGAAAUAUAUUAUUGCCACAUAUAUGUAUAUUUUGGGAUGUUGAAUAUACCUGGAUUAUUUUCUCCUUUUGGAAAGAGCUAUAUAUAAAAUGUUGUUGACUUUAAGACAUAUCUUCUUAUAUUAAAUAUAUUAAGGAAGAAAGCUUUUUGUGGUACAUGCACAUAAAUUUCAAUUUAUAAUGUGGUGCUUGUUCAAAAAUGAAGUAUGUAUGUGUGUUGUUAUUUUAUUUUUUACAAACACUUGUAUUGCUCAAAUGUAAAAUAAUAUCUGGACUGUUUAGGCAAGUUAUAUGCUGCAUAAUGCAAGCGGAACAGUUAUAUUUCAAUCUACAGACAAAAAUCUAAUUUCAUUUGAUUUUCAAAAUCUUGAAUUAUAAUAGUAAAAGGGAGAGUUGAACAAAGUCAAUGUAUUUUUAAAAAUGUCUGGAAGGUUAGGCAUCAAGUUCAUUUUACUGUCUACGUGUGCAGUAUACAGUUGUACAAUUACCACUGCAAAUGAAGUAGCAGGGUCUCUCUGGCUGUAUGGAUUUUACAAUUUAAAAAUUCAUUGUGUUCUGUGCAAGUUUCUGUGUUCUUUAUUUACAAAACCACAUUUUAUACAAAAGAACUUUCAUUUGACGUAUGAAAGACAGCAUGUCGUACAUUGUACAUUUAUGUAUAUAAAUUUGAGUGCUAAUUUUUCAGAAACACUUUUAUGAUUCCAUAUACCUGGGGUAUUUUUUUUCGGAGAAGGGGGGGGGGGGGGGGAGAUGUUCUUGAAUGAGAUGUACAUUACAGUUUCAAAUCCAUAUUAUUAUGUACUAAUCUAUUUUGAAAGAAAAGUACUUGUACAUCAGCCAUAUAUUUAUUUUUUUUUUUGAUCAGUAAUAAAUCCUGUCUUUACAAUGGAUUAGUUCUGAAACAGUCCAUAAUCAACUUUUUUUUUUGUUUUUUCUUAUGAAUUUUAUACAUAUAUGUUGUUAUUUUGAUGUCAAAACUCAAUAAAUGAAGAAAAGAA